AUGCUAGGUGAGCUCCAGAUCGCAGGAGAACUACUACAGGUUGCGGUAGACCGUUACCUCAAUAUCUGCCGCACUAUCCGCGAGUCCUACCUGGAAACAAAAAUCCUUCGUGAUGUCCCCCAAGAGCUAUUGGACAAAAUCGAAAAUGAGCUCCCACAAAUAUCAUCUUGCAAUACAAAGAUACUACAGGCAAAAGCUGCCAUCUGCCAAACUAGAAACUGCUCUUCUAGGAUCGUCCCUAUACACACACUUCCCAUCGAGGUUCUUACCCGAAUCUUCCAUAUAGUUGUGGCUUCCCAAUGGUGCAAUAUCAGCGGCUAUCGCAAGAAAUACAAUGAAGAGGAGGUUUCUGGGUCUUAUCCCGACCAACCUGUCGUCAUAUCUCAUAUCUGCUCUUUUUGGCGACGUAUUGUCAUUUCCUCUUCUUCCCUCUGGUCGCAUAUCGACUUUUCAUUUCCUGAUAUUGCGAACGAUCCACAAUCCAUUCCCCGACUAGAAACAUCCAUAAAUCGUUCCGGGAAAUCUCUCCUAGAUUUGCACAUCGAUGCUUCGGAUUUUUUCGACCUUGUUACAACCACAGGCGAAAUGGAAAAAUUCGUAGCUUUGAAUGGACAUCGUACAAGGUCUCUUGAACUCGAAGUGGGUAUGCAUGCGGGAACGAUCAGUCUGAAUUUCUGCCGUGCAGUCUUGACCUCAUGCCUCGCUCACUUUGUGCCGGGAACCCUCAGACAGCUUUCCAUCCUCAAGCGGGGGAAGUACGAUCACUAUCAGGCGAUUGAAUCAGCAGAUAACACGCGUACACACCAAUCGCUGUUGCUAGACGUGCCCGAACAGAGUCUUGAAGAUCUUUGGGCUAAUGUCGAUGUCUUGCGAUUGAAAGGACUUUAUCCGGUGUGGUCUAGUAAAAUAUAUCAUGGGCUCGUCGAGCUCCGACUUCCUUUAAUCCCAGGGGGCUCAAUGACUGAAUCUCAAUUUGUGACCAUCCUCAAGGCUAGCCCACAACUCAGAAUUCUGGAGUUUGGAAUUAAGAUCACUGCUCGAGGUUCUACGGCUGCAUCGAAGAAGCCAAUAUCACUCGCCGAUCUAGAAGUUCUGAUCACUAGUACAUGGGAUCGCCCCCAGCUUACCCACUUCCUUAAACUAAUUGCUCCAGGCCCAAAGCCCCUCUGCGUUUCUGUCGUGAACCCCGAUGUUGGCGAAUUCACAAAAAGAUCCUCCCCUGUUAUUUGA